GUAACUCUAAAGAAAAAUCAAUAUUUUGAGCUACUCAACUUUAUUUAAUUCUACCGAUUUUAUUAUUAUUUUAGUAGUAAAAAUUAGUGAAAAGUGUUGCUAACUGCUUAAAUUAAUGAAUAAAGUUGGAGUACAGUGCAAUAUGUUUAAUUGUGCUCAAAAUAACUCAAAUUAAAAAGAAUUUGCCUAAUAAAAAAAAAAAAUUUCUAACACAAUCACACACACGCCCUCUUACAAGUAAAGAAAGCUAAAGCUUACUUACUUCUUUUUUCCUAUUUGAUCAAUAAAAUUCAAUUGAGACGAGCAAGUGAAAAUAAAUUCUCGUUCUUUUUAUUUUGACAUAAAGAAAUUAAUUUUUUGUGAGUGCAAAUAAAAACGGUAUUAAGCUUAAAAGUAACAUUUACGCAUUUUCAUCAAAGGUUCUGACAGAAAGGCGUAAUAAAAAAAAAUAAUCAAUAAAUCUCAGUGUAAGUGCAUCUAUUCAGUAAACGAGGAAAACAAAGUGUUAGUUACAAUGACGGGAGACAUAGCAAUGCAAACCGACGACUCUAAUUGUAGUCAAAAUGGAGAUGCUAAGGUCUCUAAAAGUAUGCUUACAAAUGAGAAUCGUACGAAUCUCAUUGUUAAUUACCUCCCGCAAACCAUGACCGAGGAGGAAAUUAAAAGCCUUUUCUCAAGUGUUGGCGAGGUUGAAAGUGUUAAAUUAGUACGCGACAAAAAUAAUAUACCCUUCCCACCAAAUCCCUUAAAUCCCAACUCGAUACGUGGCCAAUCACUCGGAUAUGGUUUCGUUAACUACCGACGUACACAAGACGCUGAGCAGGCCGUUAAUGUUCUUAAUGGUCUACGCUUACAAAAUAAAGUCAUUAAAGUCUCAUUUGCGAGACCCAGCUCGGAAUCGAUUAAGGGUGCAAAUCUCUACAUCUCUGGCUUACCAAAAACAAUCACACAGGAAGAACUUGAGGAAAUUUUCAGACCGUACGGCGAAAUAAUUACAUCACGAGUAUUGACACAAGAGGGAAAUGAUAAGUUAAAAGGCAUUGGAUUUAUUCGUUACGACCAACGAAAGCAAGCCGAGAGAGCAAUUUCAGCAUUAAAUGGCACUACACCCAAAAAUCUGACUGAACCGAUUGUGGUGAAAUUCUCAAAUACACCGGGGCAGAACAAGCAAAGUCCAACGCCAAUCAUACCGGCAUUUUUAAAUCCACAAAUCACUAGACGAUUGGGAGCCAUUCAUCAUCCAAUAAAUAAGGGAUUGGCAAGAUUUUCGCCGAUGGCUGGCGAUGCAUUGGCUAUGGAUCCAGCAUUAGCAAUGUUACCAGCGACAAAUGGUACAAUCACAAGUUCUAUUGCGACAGGCGGUGGCUGGUCCAUUUUUGUCUAUAAUCUCGCACCAGAAACUGAGGAUAAUGCAUUGUGGCAGCUAUUUGGGCCCUUCGGUGCAGUGACAAAUGUUAAGAUAAUUAAAGAUAAUGCAACGAGCCAGUGCAAAGGCUACGGUUUUGUUACAAUGACAAAUUACGAGGAAGCAAUGUUGGCUAUAAGAGCGCUAAAUGGAUACACACUUGGAAAUCGAGUGUUACAAGUCAGCUUCAAGACAAACAAAACUAAUCAGUUACAAAAUUGAAUUCUUCACACUCACACAUAAAAAAUUGAAAGAAAUUUUUUAAAAAAAAUAAUUUAAAUUUAAAAAAAAAGUUUAAGCUAAUAACAUAAAAGGGAAGAUUGAAUCUAUUUGUAGUGUAACAUGCAUAUGAGCAUAAGUUAUAGCUAUGAUGCUAAUGAGUGAGACAUGAGCGAUUUUAUUGAAAGUCGCUUCAUGAACAAAAAAAAAAGAUGAAUUACAGACAAAACAAAAAAAAAGUAAAUUAUAAUAUGUAGAUUGUGUGAAGCCUAAUACAUAAUAUAAUAUAAUUUUUUCUUAUUUCUUCUUUUAUUUAUGGAUGUAAUGAAUGUGCAGUUGUCUGGCUUCAUACCACAUUAUUUCCUUUUACUUCUUACAAUAUAUCGUUCAAAUUAAAGAUAAUUCUCUUUUUUACGUUUGAUAAGAUAUCGUGAAGAGUAAAUUCAUGCUUAGCAUAGAUAAUUGAAAAGGAGAAAUUUCCAUAUGAAAUUAUAUCGUAGGACAAAAGUAUUGAAUAGGAAGGAAAGGAAGAAAAGAAUCAUUAUAAGAGUAUCAUAUGCAGUAUCACAUACACAAUUUUUUUUUAAAAGAAUUAUAUAUGCUAGUAAAUAUAAAUUUAAUCAGAAUUGAAUGAAGAGAAUAUUAACAUGGGCAAAAGAGCAUAAAUCAGGUUUUUUUAAAUGCACAGAUACGUCUGUAUUUGUACUAACAAAUGAUUAAAAUCAGUAAAAAUGCAAAAGCAUAAAAACAAGCGAGCGCAGGAAAGUAAGAAUGAAUGAAAGAGAAAGAGGAUGUGUGUGUGUGUGUGUGUGGUUAGAACAUAAAAAUGAAAAAAGGGAAGAAUAAAGCGGCGCAUAAAGUAAGAAUUUUGUAGCAGCAUUGUAAAUGUAACAGACAGAGAGAUUGGAACAAGGAUCAUUGACCUUUUCCUA